AUGUACUUCUUCUAUGCGACCAUAAAUAAUGGCUCUUCCUGGAUGCCCUUCUUCCUGGUUGACCCAGACGACAUGCUUGCAAAGCGAGUAGGAGCUACGGUCCUCAUUCUGGCCGUCUCUCUAACCGCCGUCUCAUUCCCAGGCGUAUCGCGCAAGGCUCGGUUCUUGCGCAUACCCCACGUCGUCUUCUUCAUCGGCAAGCACUUUGGCACGGGCGUCAUCCUAGCUACAGCGUUCUGCCACUUGCUGCAAGACGCCUACACGUCGCUCCAGGAUCCUGAGGUCAGAAAGGGGACGGACGUUGCGCGCUGGACGGGCUUAAUAAUACUCGGCUCACUGCUAACUAUAUUCCUCGUCGAAUAUAUAUCCACUUCAUACGUCGAUCGGCUAAACGCGAAUCCUUCUGUGCCCUCUUCGCCAGCAGAAUCUCCGUCGCGAGCGGUGUCCCCUUCCCCUCCAACUUCUCUUCCCCUCCCACCACUAGCCGUUGUCAUCCAAGACAACGACGCCGUGUCCGAGCGGACACCUCUCCUCCUUGCUACCCCUGCUAUCGCUCCAAUUCCUUCUAUCCCCGCAUCACCUCGUUCAACUUCCCCCUCGUCCCCAGCCACUGCGCGUACGGGUAUCCCUAUCACGCGCUACCGCUCAUCCUCCCUCCACGAGCCCUCGUCACCAAAUCCGUACCUGCCAUUAGUGCACUCGACGAACCCCAGGUAUAUUAGUAUACUGGGCGAUAGAGACCAUCACCGGUGCUGCUGCACACACGACGAGUUCUGUGGGAGUUUACGGAGAGAGCGGACGGCGCGCCGUGGGUCCCAGUCGAGCGGGCGGAAGUGUGGACGUGGAGGCGCUGGUGAGGAGGGGGAGAGAUCAGAGGGGACCGCCAAAGUCAAAGUGAAGGUGAAGAGCAAGAAGAGGGCGUCCAUCGUAGGCAUAUUCGCGCCCCGUCAGUUCGCGCACCACCAUCACCACGACUUAGAUAUCGAGCGGGGGCGGGGGUCUGAGCGCAGGCAUAGCCACGGGAGCGCUCAUGCAAAUGCCCACAGUGAGGAUAGUGGACAUGCGCACCACCACCACGACCUCGAGUUCCUGGACGAAGAGGAGGGGGAGGGAGGCCCUCUUGGCAGUGAUGGUCAACAGCCGCGGCCUGCUGUGGGCCGCCGGAGACAGGUUGUGGGGAUCUUGGUCCUACAACUCGGGAUCAUGAUCCACUCGCUCGUCAUCGGGCUAACACUGUCGAUAACACCCAAAGCAGAUUUUAGUGCGUAUUCUCGUUAUCUUGCCACUUGCAAUUUGAAUAACCUGUUAUCCGUCACCGUGUGCUUGAUGUGGACGGUGAUAUUUACAGCAUCGCUGGUCACCGCGAUAUUCUUCCACCAGCUGUUCGAGGGGCUCUCCCUCGGCAUUCGGAUAGCAAGUCUGCCCCCGCCAACGGAUAAGAGCUCGCGCUCGCUGCUUGCCCCAGCCCUCUCAGCGCUCUUCGCUGUCACCACGCCCGCUGGCAUACUGAUCGGGCUGCUGUCGUUGGGUGGGGGACAAGGUGCACACCUCCGCCUCACGCAAGGCCUCAUGUCCGCCAUAUCCGCCGGCAUGCUCAUCUACGCCGCGUGCGUCGAGAUGCUCGCCGCGGACUUCGUUAACGACCCCCACAUGCAUAUGGGCGUUGGCGGCGUGCGCCGCCAGGCCGUCGCGCUGUCGAGCCUGCUAGGGGGCGUUUUGCUUAUGACGCUGGUCGAUUGA